AAAUAUUGUACAGGUUACUCGAGAUUACACUGUUUCUGGCUAAACAGAACUUAGCAUUUCGCGGCCACAGGGAGGACGAAUUCUCAUCAAAUAGAGGAAACUUCUUGAGAUGGUUGAAUUAAUAGCUAAGUAUGAUCCUCUGAUAAAAGAGCACCUAAUGAGACUGAAGUGCAGCUCAAGUGAACACAGGUCAUCAGUUUCGUAUCUCUCGCCAUCAACUCAAAAUGAGUUUUUAAGUGUUCUGGUAAAUCGAGUCAAAGAGAAACUCGUUACUGAUAUCAAGAGAGCUGUAUACUACAGCGUUAUGUUUGACAGUACACCAGAUGUGACACACACUGACCAAAUGUCAGAAGUUAUCAGGUACUUGCAAAUGGAGGAUGGAAGAGUUCAAGUGAAGGAAGUUUUUCUUGUUUUUUUUCCUUUGAAUGGCAAAAAAGCUGCUGAUAUCAGUUCUGAUUUCCUGAAAAAGCUGGAAAGUGAUGGACUGGACUUCAUGCUGUGCCGUGCUCAGGGAUAUGACAAUGCUGCCACCAUGACCGGGGUCCAUGGAGGUGAACAAGCCAUUCUUAAAGAAAAGAACAAGAAGGCAAUUUUCAGUGGUUGUGUGGACCAUUCAUUGAACUUGUGUGGUCAGCAUUCUUUUGCCGAGAAUUCAUCAUGUGUAAAAUUUGUUGGUAGUCUUGAGUCAGCGUAUACAUUCUUUGCCUCCUCCACCCAUCGAUGGGAUGUAUUAAUGGACCAUACUGUAGUCUCUUUGGAAAGAUUAUCAACAACAAGAUGGAGUUCUCAUUACAAUGCAGUGAAACCAGUAGCUGAAUCUUUCGAGAAAUUUGUGGCAGUGACUGAAGCUCUUUGCGAUCCACGGGAAAAUUUGGAUACAAGAGGAGCAGCACAAGGUCUUCUCCCUGCUUCAUUCAUUCAUUAGGGAUUUGCCGAUACUUCCGGUCCGGGUCUUCUCCAGAUGGUGACCCGGCGGUGGCCCCCGGGUGGGGGGUGUCGUUCAUCUUCUUCUUUCUUCUGUCUUCUUUCUUGGGCUCUCCGGGUGGAGGGUUUCUCCCUGCUGUGUGUGAUUUCACAUUUGUGUGUUAUCUGUAUUUCUGGUGUGACAUACUUCGGGAGGUUCAGCUUGCACAGCAGUACUUGCAGACUAAGGAUUUAACUCUUGACAAAGUGGUGGUGAAGUUAGACGCACUACGAUUAUUUUUGAAUGAAGGGCGAGAUCGCAUAGUGGAAAGUUCAAUACAACAGCACUUUCGAAAUGUGAGAAGUAUGGAUUUCCAACAGAGAGAAGAAUCAGGUUAAAGAAAAGGAUGGCAGGGGAGCAGGCAAGAGAUUCCGGACUCACUCUACAGGAAGAAAACAAGAUGGCGAUGUUGGAGUGCAUUGAUCGUUUUCAUAAUGAACUCGAGAUACGAUCAAAAGCAAUAAAGGACGUGGCAGCCAUGUUUGUGGUCAUUCAAAGAAUCUUGUACAAGCUACUGAAGAAGAAUUGAAGGUGAUGGCUUGAAGACUCACAGUCUUCUAUAAUGAAAUAUGCAAGAAUGAGCUCAUGCUUGAAAUACCAAGACUAAGGAGACACCUGCAAGCUGCUGAUGUUGAUCUUGAAAAAGUUAAGCACUGGACUGCACUGGAUGUACUAACAUUCAUAGUUGAAUGGUAUUUCAUUGAA